AUGGAGAUUUCUUCUCACCAGUUUCACCUCUUGCAGCAACUAAAUGAGCACAGGCAGGACUUAUUCUGUGACUGCAAUAUCCUGGUCGAGGGAAAGGUCUUUAAAGCACACCGAAAUGUGCUGUUUGCCAGCAGCGGGUAUUUCAAAAUGCUCCUUUCACAGAGUUCGAAGGAAACUACUCAGCCAACGACAGCCACCUUCCAGGCCUUUUCUCCUGACACAUUUACAGUUAUCCUAGAUUUUGUGUAUUCAGGCAAACUGUCCCUCACCGGUCAGAAUGUCAUUGAAGUCAUGUCGGCUGCUAGCUAUCUUCAGAUGACCGACGUUAUCAGCGUGUGUAAAACGUUCAUUAAGUCUUCACUAGACAUCAGUGAGAAGGAGAAGGAUCGCUACUUCAGCCUCAAAGAGGUAAAUUCAAAUGGCGUGGACCGAUCCUGCUUGUAUAGCGCUGGCUGGAGAGCAGAAAGCAGCCCCCCGCAUUCCCACUUAAAUCCAGAUCAAGGGACAUGCAUGAUGGGUGGAAACGCUUGGAGCAAUUUCAACUACUAUCCAGCCUCUCAAAGAAAUGCACAGCAACAGCUGUCCAAACACGACCAAAGGCAGGAUUCCAUAAAGAAAUCCCGGCACCUGGGACUACAGCAACCUUCUGACAUCCCUCACUAUAAAUCAAGCAAACUGGAGGACAGGGCUGCUGAGCCUGCUGGCCACAUUACUCAGUCUGAGGAGCAAGUUCAGAUUGAAACAGAAGUUGAAUCUCCUCAUGUGGGGUACCAGUACGGUCAAGGGUCUGAUGUGAUAUCAAGAAGCUUGGCUGUGUCACAGCAGGAGCACGAAUCACCCCGUUCUUCGAGUAAAUCCAAGUCUUCAAAAGCAGAUGAGCCGUAUGCGAGCAUGCCCUCAAUUCUAGGUGUCAUGGGAGGCUGGGCUGAAGAUGAUCUACCCAGGAUGAGGUUCAAGUGCCCGUUCUGUACUCAUGUGGUGAAAAGAAAAGCAGACCUAAAGCGUCACCUUCGCUGUCACACAGGAGAGCGCCCUUACCCUUGCGAGGCAUGUGGGAAAAGAUUUAGCAGGCUAGAUCACCUAAGUAGCCAUUUUCGAACAAUUCAUCAGGCUUGUAAACCUAUCUGCAGAAAGUGUAAACGCCACGUGACUGAGCUAACAGGACAAGUGGUCCAAGAGGGGACAAGACGUUACAGACUCUGUAAUGAGUGCUUGGCUGAAGCUGGCAUAGACAGUAUUCGCAUUGACUUGGAGGCUGAAGCACCCCUUGAAUUUCCAGCAGAUGGGGAUAAGGAUUCCAGGUGGCACUAUGGGGAAGACAACAGAUCUGAUGUGGAGAUUGUGGAGGAUGGGUCAUCCGACUUGGUCAUUCAGCAGGUUGAUGACAGUGAGGAUGAAGCAGACGAAAAGGAUGUAAAACCAAGCAUUAGGUAGUUGCGAUGAGCGUUAGUACGUUCUCUGUUUUACAUGGAAUUCCUGUCCUGACCAUAAGCCCUCCACCAGCCUGUUGUUAUUGUACAAAGACUUAUUGGUUUCUCUUGAACAGGUCCAGACUUGCAUGUUUAUGGACGUAUCAUCGGGUCCAUUCUGAGUUUUGCUAUUGAAAUACCCAUACUUUUCUUCACUAGAAAUAAUCCAUUCUUGAAUGAAAUGAUGGCUGAACAUGGACACUGACGUACUACAUGGAUAAAAGCCUACUACUUUUUGUAGUAGACAAUGGGUCUCUUCUCAAAACCUCUUUCAUGGGGGUAGGGUCUAAAUACUUUUUAAAAAAAGAAGUCGCACACCAUUGUAAAUUACCCAAUUUUUACACUUUUAGAGAUGUUGGCUUUAUAUGUGGUAUCUCCCAGUGAUGAGAAAAGUCUAAGUACCCCACCACGUCCAUCUCCACUGUAGAAUAUAAAGGCAACUGCUCUUCAGCAUUCAGAAAUGAAGAUAAUCUUCCAUGAAAUUUCAUGAAGUCUUCACAUUAUGAUUAGAAAAGCCAGGCAGAGAAUUAAGAAAAAGUGUAUAAUUUUUUUUAGCGCAUAUCUGGAAAAGCACUUUCUUGUAAAAAUUAUUCUAAGGAGAAUCUUUAUCAGAUCAUCAUUCAAGACUUAUUUCCUUACAGGAAAAUAAAUACAUGAAUGCUAGUCCCAGUCAAUGCAUCAGAGAUAAAGUGGUUAUGAAUAUGGAUCAGUAAUUGAUGCCAGUAGAUGUUUUAUUCAUUCUGAAAAUAGGGAACUCAGACUGGAGUGUGUUUUAAUAGCCAUUGGUAAAAAUACCUUUUUUUUUUUUUUUGAUAAACAUCUCAAAUGUGGCAAAGCGGUGUGACUGGUAGCCCUGCAUCCACAGUGUUGCCAAUGCCAGCGGCAUCUUCUCAAUGCCAGCAAGAACGAAACAAUCCUGACAAGGUUACUUUGGCUGCUGUGUUCUCUCUUUGUUCCCUGUUUUAUUCACCAUUAAUGGAGGCAGAGCCAACUUGUAUAGCGUGUAUACUCUAUCAUUAGAAAUGGAACUGAUGACAUUUUACAUCUGAAACCAUUGACUACUUGUUUGUAUUGACCUACCCUCAAUUUAAACUGGUGAGUUUUAAGAUGGAGUCCUUAUCGAUUUAUAUAUUCCCAAAGUCACCCAGUCACCAAGAGAACACGUUCCAACCUUUUUCAGUCUGUGCUGUAUGCCAGUGAAAAAUACGUACUGAAAGUUCUAGACAUCGUAUUUGUUUAACUUUACCUACAAUUAGACUACAAGAGAUGAGAUUAAUGUUGAAGAAGUUUCCUUUUAAAACAAAAUUAAGUCACUUUGUUUUCUAACUUGGUGAGUUCUGCUUAACCAGCACCACAAAGAGGAGAGGAGGAGAAGUAUGCUGCUGGAUGGUUUUACUCAGCAUUUUCUUGGACAGAAAUGAGUUUUACUAGUCUUCAUGUUGUGAUCAUUGUACUCGAUGGGUACAGGCUUAGAAAGCUUUGUCUUUUUUUUUUUUAACAAUUUUGUAAGCAUGUUUGGCUGAAACCUGGGGUUAAUUACAGAGCAAUUACAUAUAUAAACACUAUAUAAUCUCUUCCCAGGGACAGCUAAAAAGUCACUAUUUUAUUUUUAUUUCUGUAAAAACUGUAUAGCCUUGUUAUUAUCGUUAUCAGAGUGUGCAGCAUUUUCUUACCAGGCUGCAGAUGGCCAGCCUAGGUGCCUCACAACUGAGAGCUGGAGCACAUCCUAAGUUGACGGUGCAAGCACUAAGCACCUCCCUCAAACAUGCAGGGUGUCGAGCAGCACCCAGUCUGUUUGUUCCAAGGAGACCAUUCUUUUUCCAUUUGUCCAGCUGGGAAGUGAUUUUUAUUGCUCCUACAGAAAUUACUGUCCAUUGGCUUAGCCAUGGGGGGAGAGGAGGAAAAAGGGGAGAAUUUACCAAACUUUCUGAUGAGCUGUAUGAAAACAUCUUUUCCAAACAAACUUGCCGUGAUUUUAUGUUUCCCUUUGCUCAGCAGUCCACAAAAUGGACAUGACAUGAAAACAGCUAGUUAUUUUCUUGGAGCUUAUUACUCCUAAAAUUCAUAAUAUUAAAUGGUUAAGAAAUAUUCCACAGGCAACCAUAACUAAAUCAAAUAUAGAACAAAGAAAUAUACAAAGGAAUACAGAAUAACUUCAAUCAAUUGCAAAUUUCGAGAGAAAAUGCUUGCCAAAAUAGAAUUUAAUAGAUUUUUCAUUUCCCUUUAAAUUAAGCAGUAUGCACAAUAAAUGCUAGGUACCAGUGCCUGCUGUCCCAGAGUACAAAGUAACUGGGAUUAGUCUCUGCCUGUGUUUGGGGACUGAUUAAGGGGAAGGGGAAAUACAGUGUCACUCUAGGCCUGAAAUCUUAACUGCCAACUGCAAAGGUGAGACUAUUAAGUGUUCUUGUAUACCUGAGGGAGUUUUUAGAAGCAAAGGGAUUUCUGGAUCAAUACUCAAUUUAAUUAGAUUGUAAAUCUAAGAAUAGCGAGGACCAGAGGCUUCAGAAAAAAGAUGUGAAGUGGCUAUAAUGGGCAAAUGGAACAAUCUAUCCAUAUGAAGACAUUAACCGUAGGCAAAUUAAUUGCUGAUUUGCCUUGGCAAACAAGGGUUUUUACUGCUUUUAUACGUUGUUAUUCUCAAAUAUUCAAAUAUUUGUAGUCAUUUUUAAAGUAUCUUAUUAAGCUUGGAGUUUUAGCCCAAGACUGCGAUACCCACAGGUCAGUUAUGUUUUAUAUUUUAAAAAGGUUACCAUUUUUACAUUUGUUGCUUUAAUUUCAGUUGUUCCAUUAUUUUUGUAUUACAAGACAAGAAACGUUAAGUGCCUUAUGUUUUCUAUGUCCUUCAUUUUACAUAGCCAGUCAUGUAUUUUGCUUGUUUUUCUUUAAGUGAAAUUAACCCUGUUUUGUUUUCUUUUAAUCUCCUUGCAUUGCCUCUGAUAACUGUCUUCAUACUCUUGUCAGGCUCACAGGCUGCUCAUUAGCAGAAGUAACGUUUUCUUUUUUUUCUCCAAGGAGGAAAGCAAAGAGCAUAAAGGAUUGUUCCCACAGAAUUUAAUUUACCUGACAAUAACUGUUUUGAAUGAUGCUUUUAGAACUUUGUCAGGUCACUAGAAAGACACCUGAUUUUAUCUUUAGAUGCUAGAGAAGGCUGUAUAGGACUGUAUUGACUUCUGCUGAUAUUGAUCCAUUCAGAUUCUGUUUCCGUACUGCCGCUGUACAUCCAAGUCAAAGUUUGGGAGGUUUAAAUUGUAGUGCGGCAUUAGAACAGGCAGUUCAGAGAGCAGCCUCCUAGAUCGCUGCCCUUGAAGGUGGUCCAGACUUGGCUAGACAAAGCAUGGCUGAUCCAAGCCAACAUUGGUGCUAGCCUUCUUCCUCUGGGAGGUGGGACUGGAGACGCUCAGAGCUCUCCUAUGACCAGCAGUUCUAUGAUUGCUGAUUUUUGCUAUUAUUUUCAUUUUUCCUUGUACAUUUUUCAUCUUCAUCAUGACUCUUUCUGAUUGCUUUGAAUGCUCUUAAGUGCUACUUCUUAAUGCAUAUUUUGAUCUUCACUGGUUUUCAAUAUGCCAUUCUCUUGUCUUCUGCUUUUCCAUUCCUUGUUUACUCUGAUUAGGUGGUGGGUGUCAACUUCAAGAAACAUUCCUCUUAUACCUCUAUUUUUCUGUGCAAUCCUGGGUUCCUUGUCCCUUUCCUCUGUCUGUACUUUGUCAUUGAAAGACUGCCUCUGUUUGCUUGGUUUGUGUUUAUUGUGUUCACAAAACCACAGUCAAGAGUAAAAGACAUAGAUUCAUCAUCCUC